GUCCAAAAACUAGCACCUAAACUAUUGUUCAUAUUCCCAAUACUCUGUUUCAUACCAGUGAAUUGGCCCUAGCAAAUUGAAUUAGUGUACAAUUAAGUUUUUUCAAUUCCAAUCAUCAUCAUUAAUUAUUAAGGAUAACUAUUAAUGAUUACUUCAGUAUUAAACAAUGAUAUAAUAAUGAAUAGAAAACCUGUCUUACUUGCUUGAAACCCAAGAAGAUAAUUCAUAGAACUGAAUUAAAAAAGUUUGAAAAAAGCAUUAUACUAGACAGUUAAAAAAAACAUUUUAAUUAAUACAAUGUCAAAACAACAUGAUAAACGUGAAGCAAGAAGAAUGAAAAUACUCAACAAUUCUAAAGAUCGCUGGAAUAAAAUAAAUGGAAGUAGUUCAGAAAUAUCUUAUAAAGAUAGUGUUCUUGUCAAAGAUGUACCUAAAUUACCAGAAACAGUUUUUGGACGCCCUUUACCAGAUGACGAGAUUCAUGAUUGUGAUGUUUUUGAAGUAGUUUCAGAUGAAGUACAGACGAUUACUGAAGAAAAUCAAAACCGUUCACUUUUAAUGUCAUUUUUACAAUCAUAUUACAUAAAACAUGAUUUGUUUCUUAGCAUUUUUAUUGCUGGUUUUAUGAGUUACGUUUUCAUCAAAUGGAAAUCUUUAUACAAGAUCUUCACUGUGUUGUACUAUAUUGUUUUCAUUAUGAAAGAGUGCAAAGAUUUAGAAAUGAAGAAACAGGGAGCGGACAAAUACAAAACUUUUAUUUUAUACUUCGGCCUGACCGAGAAUCGAUUAUUCCCGAUUUUGAAAGAUAUGAUGAUUAUCAGCAAUUUUAUACGCUAUCAGUGUUCAAUUUAUAUUCUAAGCUUAAUCCUUGCACAGAAAACUUUAGAAAUUUUUAUAAAUAAUCAUGAAUUUUUGUCUUUUAAUAUUUGAAGAAAAUAAAUAUAAUUAAUGACUAUAAAAUUAUUUUAUUAUUUAUAUAGGUUCAACAAUGUAACAAUAAAAAGUUAUUUUAAGUUUUCUGAGCUCUUCAAGGCUUCACAUUUAAUAGUAAAUUAAUCUUUUUUUUUCAA